UUCUUUCCACAUUUCUUGUAUAUGGUGUGCACACGCACAUUCAUGUGUGUGUGUGCGUGUGUGUGGACGCCCAAGGCUGAUGUCCAGAAUUGUUUCCCUUUGCUAUUCCACCUUAUUCAUGGAGGCAGUCUCUCAAUCAAACCCAAGGCUGGAUGAUAGUAGUAUUGCAGGCGAGCUUGUUCUGGGGAUCCAGGCUGAAAUCCCAAGAGAGGGCUGCCAUGCCCACUCAGCAUUUAUUCUGGGUAUCUAAACUCCAGUCUUAACAUCAGGACUGCAAGUGAUCUAACCACAGAGCCACAGAGCCAUCUCCACAGAGCCAUCUCUCCAGCCCUGGUCUUGGUGGUGGUGGUGGUGGUGGGGGGGGGAAUGAGACAGGGUUUCUCCUGGCUGUCCCUGAACUCACUUUGCAGACUAGCCUGGCCUCGAACUCAGAAAUCCGCCUGCCUCUGCCUGCCAAGUGCUGGAAUUAAAGGCGAGCGCCACCACAGCCCGUCGGAUUUAGCGUUCUUUUUGUAUUUCUAGUUCAUGCUUUUAUUUACUGGGAGCUAGGAGUAUGCCACAGUGCUCGUGGGGAGGUCAAGCUACAGCUUACAGGAAGAGGCUAUCUUUCUCUUUCCAUUAUGUGGAGCUGAAGGCAAGAACUCAGGUUUGGCCAAGUGCCUUUACACACAGAGCCAUCUCAGGUCCUCUUGUUUCCCCCACUCCCAUCCCUUCUCUCUCUGCAGCCCCUUCUCCAAGCAGCAGCCUUUUCUUUCUUUAACGAUGCUACUCCUUACUUACACCGCGAAAGCUACACUGCUCACCGGUGAUCAGGGGAAGAAUCUCAGGUUAAAAACACCUCUGCCCACCUCUGAUUCCUACUUCGAUUGGUUUCCUUUAUUUGCAGUCUCCGUGAGACCCUAUCUUUUCUAGGCCUUUGCACAAACCUACCUUUGCCUGAAAUGUCACCACCCAACUCUUCCUGCUCCCACUCCCCAAACGCUGUGCUCACCCAACCAAGAAGUGGUGGGCGUUUAAAAUUCCACCAUCAGAAAGCAGAAACUAACUGGCAAACUACUUCAAUCCCCAGUCAAUAGUAGAUGCGUAAUAAAGAAUGAAUGAAGGUAGGCGGAGGGCUUCAGAAAGAAGGCAGCGUGUGUUUUACAGUGUAUAAAAACAAGGAUAGCAAUCCUUGUCUACAGUGCUUAGUUUAUAAAGUCAAAAACCCUAACAUCCAAUAAAUGUGAGGCGAAAUUAAAUCUGAUUUGUGGCCAGUAUGAAAUACAUUUCCUCGGACGCCGGGGGAAACGAUCACCCCCGCCCUGAACACGCUGAGUCGUGGCAGCUCCAGCGCCUGCGUGGUCCCUCCAAGGUGACUGGAUCACCAAAAGCCUGACCCAUUAAGGAGGCCCCGGCGUUCACCCAGCCGUGGGAAGGAGCCCCUUCUAGGAGGCCGGAGUAGGCCCGGCGAUCGCGGCCCACGUGCGCGACGAGCGCAGCCCCAUCUGGGAACGUUCCCUCUGCGCGUCCUCCCGGUACUCUAUGGUGCUCACGGCCGAGGCUCUCAUUCUAGUUCCGGUCUCUAUGGCGGCGGAGGCCUGAGAAGCUGUGGGUCGGGCGAAUUAGUCGCUAAAGAUACCAAUGAGAGCGCAGGAGCCGCGGAGCGUGAGCCAAUAGGCGCUAGAGACCCGGUCAGGUGGUGAGAUGGACAACGAUGCGGACCAAUGGGGGAGGACGAGGGCGGGUCUAUCGCGGGGCUUAUCCCGCCCGUCCCGCCAUUCUCGCUAGUUCGAUCGGUAGCGGGAGCGGAGAGCGGACCCCAGAGAGCCCUGAGAGCCCCACCGCCGCCGCCGGCCUAGUCACCAUCACACCCGGGAGGAGCCGCAGCCGUCGCCGCCGGCCCCAGUCACCAUCACCGCAACCAUGAGCAGCGAGGCCGAGACCCAGCAGCCGCCCGCCGCCCCCGCCGCCGCCCUCAGCGCCGCCGACACCAAGCCCGGCUCCACGGGCAGCGGCGCGGGUAGUGGCGGCCCGGGUGGCCUCACAUCGGCGGCGCCCGCCGGCGGGGACAAGAAGGUCAUCGCAACGAAGGUUUUGGGAACAGUCAAAUGGUUCAAUGUAAGGAACGGAUACGGUUUCAUCAACAGGAAUGACACCAAGGAAGACGUAUUUGUACACCAGACUGCCAUAAAGAAGAAUAACCCCAGGAAGUACCUUCGCAGUGUAGGCGAUGGAGAGACUGUGGAGUUUGAUGUUGUUGAAGGAGAAAAGGGUGCGGAGGCAGCAAAUGUUACAGGCCCUGGUGGAGUUCCAGUUCAAGGCAGUAAAUACGCAGCAGACCGUAACCAUUAUAGACGCUAUCCACGUCGUAGGGGUCCUCCACGCAAUUACCAGCAAAAUUACCAGAAUAGUGAGAGUGGGGAAAAGAACGAGGGAUCGGAAAGCGCUCCUGAAGGCCAGGCCCAACAACGCCGGCCCUAUCGCAGGCGAAGGUUCCCACCUUACUACAUGCGGAGACCCUAUGCGCGUCGACCACAGUAUUCCAACCCCCCUGUGCAAGGAGAAGUGAUGGAGGGUGCUGACAACCAGGGUGCAGGAGAGCAAGGUAGACCAGUGAGACAGAAUAUGUAUCGGGGUUACAGACCACGAUUCCGAAGCAUUCAUUUCAGGGGCCCUCCUCGCCAAAGACAGCCUAGAGAGGAUGGCAAUGAAGAGGACAAAGAAAAUCAAGGAGAUGAGACCCAAGGUCAGCAGCCACCUCAACGUCGGUAUCGCCGAAACUUCAAUUACCGACGCAGACGCCCAGAGAACCCUAAACCACAAGAUGGCAAAGAGACAAAAGCAGCCGAUCCACCAGCUGAGAAUUCGUCCGCUCCCGAGGCUGAGCAGGGCGGGGCUGAGUAAAUGCCGGCUUACCAUCUCUACCAUCAUCCGGUUUGGUCAUCCAACAAGAAGAAAUGAAUAUGAAAUUCCAGCAAUAAGAAAUGAACAAAGAUUGGAGCUGAAGACCUUAAGUGCUUGCUUUUUGCCCUCUGACCAGAUAACAUUAGAACUAUCUGCAUUAUCUAUGCAGCAUGGGGUUUUUAUUAUUUUUACCUAAAGAUGUCUCUUUUUGGUAAUGACAAACGUGUUUUUUAAGAAAAAAAAAAAAAAGGCCUGGUUUUUCUCAAUACACCUUUAACGGUUUUUAAAUUGUUUCAUAUCUGGUCAAGUUGAGAUUUUUAAGAACUUCAUUUUUAAUUUGUAAUAAAGUUUACAACUUGAUUUUUUCAAAAAAGUCAACAAACUGCAAGCACCUGUUAAUAAAGGUCUUAAAUAAUAA